AUGGAGACUUUUGAAGCAGUACUUUUUAUUUUCAUGCAGAUUCUUUAUUUUAGGAUGUUUCUGGUCAACUAUAUUAUAAAUAAAAAUAUUGAGAUCUUUAAACAUGGAGCACAAGAUAUUUCGUAUUUGGAUGUAUUACUAAUUUUUCAAGUAAGAAUGCCAUCUAAGUGUAGAGUACCGAUAGACGAUGCAAUUAAUGUAUUAAUAAAAUAUAUAAGUUAUUUUGCAUCGGAUCAAUUACCUGAAUGGUCUUCUGAUGUAUGGGAUAAGAUGUUAAAUGAACCUGAAUUUAAAGAUAAAACAAACAUCAAAGAAAAUCGACGCGAGAUUCUAACGAAAGCAAGGGAACGAUGUGGUUAUUAUGUACCUAAAAAAAAUAAUGACAUAAAUAAUGAUGAUAAUGACCUCGAUGAUGACAUCGACGAUAGCGACCAGGACGACGUUAAAAAAGAUCCAGAUUAUUAUAGUAAUGUGUAUAUUAAUGAGCAAAAGGAUUUUGAGUGUUUUGAUGUAGUACUUUCCAGACAUCUAUGGAACUCGAUUCAAAAAGUUACUCCUAUUAUAAAGAACGAUUGCAACUAUCCCGGUCUUCAACCUAAAGUAUGGACUGAUACUCUGGCAUUAGAAUUAUGGAAGCAGUAUCGAUUAAAAUGUGCAUUUGUUUUUAAAAAUGGUACUAUUCAACAAUGUGGACAUUAUUAUGCAACUAUGAUAGGACGAUGCAAAAGUAAGAAAUGCGGAAACAAUUUAUUUUGUUACAUAGAAAACGAUCCGGGUAUUGAUGGUGAUGUUAUCAUAAAAAUGAAUUGUCGAGACACACGAUUCGAGAAGCAUGACGAUGUUAGACGUCCACUUAGAGGAAAAAAAAGAGAAGAAAUGAGAAAAGAAGUUAAAGAUAAAGGAGUAAAAGCAAGUAUUAAUGAAGAAUCCCGAAAGCUUCUUCAACCUGGAGACACUCAAUGUCCAUUAAAAAAAGAAUCAACAGAGAAAGAGUAUGGUGUGAAGCCAGAAGACAGACGAGAUUUGAUAAAAGCUCUUAUGUGUAUAGAUGAGACCCCCAUAUACCGUAAUUCGAUCAAAGUUGUAAGUGCUUCACCUUUCUGGGUUUUCUAUGGAACACCUUCCCAAAUCCAUUGUUAUCGUGAGUAUCAGCGAUUACACAAAGACUUAUCAUCAAUUAGCAUCGACGCGACUGGUGGGAUGGCCCGAAAAUUUAUUGAUUGUGGUGAACGUACAAGUGCUAUCUUCUUAUAUCAAAUCGUCAUAAAUUUCUAUAAUACUACUAUUUCGACAUAUCAAAUGUUGUCGGAAUGUCAUGACACAGAUAAGAUGGUUACGACUUGUGAUUCUUCGACUGUUCAGAGGAUUCCUGGCGAGGUUGUGUGUGAUGGUUCACGUGCAUUACUAAACUCAAUAGCUUUAGCGUUUAAUAAUCAAUCAUUACCCAAUUAUAUCGAGUCGUGUUUUAAUAAAGCCAAAAAUAAUACUUCAUGGAAACCGAAUACGUAUAUUCGGUUGGACACAGCCCAUUUCAUUCAUACUGCCAGCUCUUGGAAAUGUUGGAAGUCGGUAAAUCACAAGAAUGUGAAAAAUUUUUAUUUGUAUUGCAUUGCACUGUUGAUUCAGUGUAAGACAUUGAAAGACUUAGAAAAAAUGUUUGUAUUAAUUUUAAUUGUUUGUUCUACCGAAUUUGAUGAUUCAACAAUUUUUUAUAAUCAAAAAUAUAUUACGCCUCUAAAUGCUCGAACAGAAUUAGAAAAUAUAAUUGGUAAUAAAAACAGUAAAAAUUUAUAUCAUGAAAUUGAAGAAAAUAUGAAAAGUAUGGACUUUGAUGCUGAAAAAAGUACUAUUUUGAAUGACGAAAAAGAUGAUCCAAAUAGUGACAUGUCUACCAUUAGUUCAUGGAUAAAAGAUCUUGUUGCUAUUUCAAAUAAUGUUCAAACUACUGGUAAAGUUUUAAACUGCUUUUAUGUACCAUUAUUCAAAGAGUCCUUUCUAAAAACUAUCAAAGAUUUUCCACUGUGGACACAAGUAUGUACUCCAAAAAAUAAAUUACGUGCUACGUCAUCAUAUAUUGAAGAUUCAAAAGAAAUGCUCAAUCGGGAAAUCGGUCUUCCUGCGCGAGUCGACAUUUUAGUCAAAUCUCAUUUGAAAAAUCUUUUAGGUGGAGUAGUUGUAUUUCAAAACAACCUCACAAAAUUUGUCGAUGACAAUAUUGACAAAUCUACUAUAUCUAACGAUUCAAAUUGUGAUGAUGCUAAGCCGGAGGAAAAAACAGAUGGUGUUAAGGUUGAAAAUUCAAAUGAUGCUAAGAUUGAGGAAAGAACAGAUGAUGCUGAGGUUGAAGAUAGUAUCGAUUUUGAAAAUUGGCGCGGCUUGGGUAAUGAUAUGAAACAUCAAAACCUUGACUGGAUUAACUAUGCAAAUAAUUUAGAUCACCCUACACAAGAUAUGAAAGCCGAGAAUUCAACUAUGGAACUAAGUAACGAUUCUGUUGUAGAAAAUUUGAAUAAAUCUAUUGAAAGCGAGCAUGAUUAUAGCUUAAAAACUAGUACUCCGAAAACUACCCAAAUCUCUGAAAGAAACAAGAAAAAUACUACAAAAAAAAAAGGCAAACAAACAGAAUCAUAUUUACUGAUAAAUGGAAAUCUAAGUGGACCAGUUAUUCACAAUGGGGUAGCUUUUUUAGCUUAUAAUACUUGUCCAUUUGACAGUAUAGUUCAGUUAAUUUUUAAUGGAACAUUAGAGAGUAAGAGCUUUCAUGAAUUUUUAAAUUGUUCUGAAAAUUCGACUUUUAAAGUUGCAUUAAAUUUAAUGAAAAAUGGUGUGAAGAAAAAUGGGCAACUAUAUAUUGAUCGGUUCAAUAUUUUACACAACAUUUAUCAACAACAAGAAUUAAAACAACCAAUGAAAUGGAACGAUGAAGAUACAAAUAAAGUAAACACAAUAUCACGUGUAAUAUAUUGCGAAGACAAUGUUAGUGCGUUAUGGAAUAAAUUAUUCCAAAACAUAUAUCUUUUUGUGGAAGUACAGUUGAGUCUUGUUACUCGCGUUAACAUGAGGGAAUCACUAAUAGGACUCUUAACGAGACUCAACUGUAAGUAA